AUGUUGCAAAUUGAACAGAGCAAUCUUCUCAUUGAGAACACAUUGGGUGAUCGCCUUUACCCCAGUGAAGAAAACUCCGGCUCUGCGAAGCUGCUUGACAGAAUUAUUUCUGACUUUGACUUCACAAACUACCACAUUUCAACUCUCCCAGACGACAACACCAAGCUCCUUAUUUCUGUAUACUUGCAAUGUUGGGAGGAUUUGGUCCGUUUUGGUGUCGAUCUGUAUCUCAGCAAAAAGUACACGUCGUAUUCUGCAGCUUUGACUAUCCUUCCUGCCUCUGAUGUUGAAACUGGAUACAAUUACUCGCUUCUACUUGACACUGAGGCCGCAAUUGCAGAAGGUGUUGAGUUUUCUCAGGCCAUGGUUGCCGAGCUUGCAUUGUUGAAGCGCAAUGCCAUGGCAGCCGCUUUUGAGUCGGCUUUCAAUCGCUAUGACGAGCUUGCGCAACAGUACUCUGGAGAAAACACCUACUCUGAAGAAAUCCAGGCUGCUUUGCAAGCAGAACCUACAUUGCUCGUUCGUCAUCGUGGAGAUGAAGAGAGCAUUUUCAUCAAGCCAUCCUUCGAUCGUGUCACCGUUGUGUUUUCUACCACAUUCAAAGACGACACUGACAAGAUUUUCGGAAAGGUUUUUUUGCAAGAAUUCGUCGAUGCCCGUAAGCGUUCUGUCCAGACGGCUCCACAGGUUUUGUUCACUGAUAAGGAGCCUCCAUUAGAUAUCCAGGACGUGGUUCCAAGAGGCUCUGUCAGCGACAAUAAAGGCUAUGUUACGUUUGUUUUGUUCCCACGUCACUUGACAAAGGGAGACCGCAGAGAAAAUUGUAUUUCUCACAUCCAAUUCUUCCGCAACUACUUCCACUAUCACAUCAAAUGCGCCAAGGCGUACAUGCAUUCGAGAAUGCGUUUCCGGGUAAAGGAAUUCUUGAAGGUGUUGAAUCGUGCUAAACCAGAGAAUGUGGAUGACGAUGGUAAGGCCAUUGACACGCGGAAGACCGCCAGCGGCAGAAAGUUUGAGGCUGGACGUGCUUAA